AUGCGCCACGCUCCAAAGAAGGGUAGUACAGUUCUCAGAGGCAAGAAAGCGGAGCAACUGUUCUUGUCUGUACCAGAUACAGAUAGUGCCAUCGCUGCGUCCCGAGUCUAUGCGGGCAAGCCCCAUAUGGCCGGGAGCGAAGGAGAUUUUGACACUGCAAAAUACUUCCUUGCGCACCUACAGGAAGAGCUCCAGAUUGAUCACUCAUUUUCCGACAUCCCACUGUACUCAGCCGGUUCCACCGAAUCUCGCGAGGCAACGUUAUCAAUUUCAUCCCUUGACGAACCAAAGGCUUGGAUUGACGUUUAUUACCCUAUCCUGAACAACCCUUUGGAUCGUAGCCUGGAGAUUCUCGGAGAGGACGGGAACCCUGUUUGGUCUGCUGAGCUUGAAGAGGUCGCCGAUGAAACUGAUCCUUACGCCUUCAAGUCCGCGAAUGCCGUCCCGACGUGGCAUGGCAUUAGCAGAGGGGGGCAGGCCGAAGGGAAGUUGAUUUAUGCACACUAUGGAAGGCAAAGGGAUUUCGAUGCGCUCGUAGAAGCUGGUGUUGAUUUCAGUGGAAAGAUUGUCCUCACUCGCUACGGUGGUAUUUUCAGGGGUUUAAAGAUCAAACGAGCUCAGGAGCUUGGUGCUGCCGCAGUUCUUGUUUACUCAGACCCUCGUGAUGAUGGCACAGUGACAGUUGAAAAUGGAUAUGUCCCCUACCCACACGGACCUGCACGCAACCCAACUUCUGUGCAACGUGGUUCCGUGCAGUUUUUGUCGCUGUAUCCCGGAGAUCCCUCAACCCCUGGGUACCCCUCGUAUGAAAAUAGCACGAGAGUUGAGGGAGGAAGCAAACCGACUAUCCCGAGUUUGCCAAUCUCUUGGGCCAAUGCCGAAGUCCUUCUGAAACACUUGGAGGACGGCCACGAAGGCCCUACAGUUCGUCUUGUAAAUAACGUGGACGAAAAGGUUACCCCCAUCUGGAACGUAAUGGGUGUUAUUCCUGGCCACGUCAAGAGCGAGGUAGUUGUGAUAGGUGCCCACCGAGAUGCUUGGGUAACAGGAGCGAGUGAUCCAUCCUCAGGCACUGUGUCCCUUUCAGAGGUAAUUCGUGGCUUUGGGGCCCUCUCCAAGGAAGGAUGGACUCCCUUGAGGACAAUUCUCAUUACAAGCUGGGAUGGUGAAGAGUUCGGAUUGGUUGGCAGCACAGAAUGGGGCGAAGAUUUCUCGGAGUGGAUUAAAGAUCAUGUUGUGGCUUAUGUUAACAUGGAUACUUCUGUAUCAGGAUCCCGUCUCAAGGCCGCAGGAUCUCCUUUGCUUGCGCAUCUCCUCCGUGAAACGGCGGAGCAGAUUCCCCACCCUACCUCUGAGGGACGAAGCCUUUGGGACGCUCACGGAGACUCUGGAACGCUUUUCGGCGAGUAUAUGAAUGCGGAAAUUGCUGCGAUGCACGAAGAUGAACUUUUGGCAGUCGAUAGUAUCGGAGUGAGUCCCUUGGGAUCCGGGAGUGAUUAUACCAUCUUCUUGCAAUACCAUGGUGUGCCAAGCACUGACGGUGGAUUCACCUCGACGCUACACGAUCCCGUAUAUCACUAUCACUCGAUUUUUGACUCUCAGUAUUGGCAAGAGCUAUACGGUGAUCCUGGCUUCUCUCGUCAUAUUGCUAUUGCCAAACAUACCGGCCUACAAGUGCUUCGUCUGUCCGGCGACAUUAUUUUACCGUUCAAUACUACCCAUUACUCCAUUGAGUUGGAAUCAUAUCUCGACAAUGUUGGUUCUAUUGCAGCUGCUGGCUCCUAUGACGUCGACCUGUCUCCUCUCCGAGGGUCCCUUCACGCUUUACAGAGUGUCAGUUUGGAGCUGGACUCUGCGAAGACCAAGGCAGAGCACAAACUCCGUAAGAUCCUCAAGCAAUUGAAGAAGAAGCAUGCUAUUUGCCACAAGAUCCGUCGCAGGAUUCACAAGGCUAGCUGCAAACUCAAGAAGGUAUUUGGAAAGCACAAGUACAAUUCCUUCAGACAACCCAGUAAACGCCUUCUCAAAGCUAUUCAACGCGUGCAAGCUGUGAACAAGCGUUUGAUCGCCUUUGAACGUGGUUUCAUAUCGAAAGACGGCAUUAAGGAUCGUGAGUGGUACAAGCAUCUGGGUGUAGCCCCUGGCAAAUGGUCAGGUUAUGGCGCCACCACUUUUCCAGGUGUCACUGAGGCACUUACUAUGGACAAAAAUGCGACCGCUGCUGCCUAUGAAGCGGGGAGAUUGAAAGUGCUGAUCGAUGACCUUGUUGAGACUAUUCGCCUGUGA